CCUACCAGUGACAAAAUACUGGUGUUCAGAAAUGAGCUGGAUUUUACACUCGAACGGGAUUGUUUAAUGUUCAACUGUGGAAUAUAUUUCAUUAAUGAAGUUUGGAAUAUAAAAUCCGACUUUGGGAUUUAUUAUGAGGUGGGGAACAUUUCAUCAUACACAAUCCCCAAGACAGCAGCACACAUAUCUGGUGGACUUUGAGAAACUUCUGUCCCACCAUGAUGAGCGACUAGCAGAAAAGUUAAACAAUGAGUACCUGCGGGAGGAGUGGGACUUUGGGCGCGAAAAUCUUGGAAGUCGACACAUGUUUAAGGAUCCCCCAGUGCGGUGUGCUGAGGAUCGCAUCAACAUGACAAGACGACAAAAGCGACUGUACCGCCACCUAAAGGCAGAGGUGAAUCAAUCACAGCGAGGGGUUUACCGCGCCAAGGCAGGCUACAUACGGGAGCGCCCUCUCACCGCCCCUGACUUGUCAAUGUACACCUCAAAGGAUGUUCCACAACUACCCUCCAAUUUCUCUGCUCAGACUGCCUAUCAGAUCAUCCAGGACAAAGUCAAGUCAGCAAGGCCAGGUGACGGUCCAGUGACGGAUACGUCAGAUCGCCCGCUAUAUGUGGAGGCAGAGCCUGUGGACAAGCCCUUAGGGAUCACGGAGGAUGAUCUCCAGGACGCACAAAAAAAGUUUGAAGUUUUACAGUUUGACAUGGAAACCAUUGACGGCAGGUUCCAGAUUAUGAUGGAUGACACCAUGAAUACAUACUACCCAGGUAACAGACAGAGACACCAAGAAGACAUUAGUGUGUCCAAGCCUCGUCCCAAAUCUGAAAUACUACAGUUGCGUAAGCAUGAGGAGAUAACUCUAAAAGAACGACCAAAGUCGGAGUCUCAUCUGUUACACCUACAGCGUAUGGAACAGGCAUCCACAAAAUCAGCGUACCCUGAGCCGAGUGUGUCUAGGACACAAGCCAAGCUGUGUGAUGCCAGGUUCAAUGGAUGGCAUGAUGCAAAGACAAAACAAGGUCGCCACUACCCCCUAGUCAAACAAUCUCUUCCCAACUCAUACCAGGGACGUCUGACAGAAAACAUGUCCAAGUCCAAAACAGCUAACCUUUCAAAGAAAAAUGUCAAAGAUGACUUCCUGCAUCAACAAACAGAUGGAGAUCAGAUGACUGGAGAAUCUGAUACAAAAAUUCAGGAACCACGUCCCUCUACCGCUCCUGUUAAGAUGAACUCGGAUUCUAAUGACCAUGUUACUGUGAAAAAGGUUUCAUCAGAAGAUCAAGAACUGAGUCCUGCACAGUCUUGUAAAACUGAUCUGAGUGCUGCAGACUCUUGUAGGACAGUGGAUACAGGGUACUCAAGUUUUGAUGACAGGAGUUCAACUUUCAGUCCAAAGGAAGAUUUGAGUCUUUUAAAAUCUAAGUCAGAUUCGUUCCAUACCUCACUCAGUGGAUAUUCAGAGAGAGCCGAGUCAGAUUGUGAUAAAUAUUCUACUCCUCGUAGUCAUUCUAGGAAAACCAGUAGUAGCAGUAGAAAUAACAGUGACUGGAAAAAGUCUGGGGUAGAAAUUGUACCCCACAUGGAUCACAGCAAGCCUCGCCCCAUCAGUGUUGGAGGGAUGGGUACCAUCUCUUUACUGGAGAAUAUCUCCGAGGCACGGUACUGGGAGGAUGCAUACAAUGAGGAGAUUUCAGACGAGGCUUGCAGUGAUGACAGUGACACACAAACACAGUCGUCCGCAGACAGCGGAAUUAGUCGACGUCAAGGUGACGAGCUCCAAUCUAGUCUUGCACUACUUAAACAGCGUCUUGGUGAACAGCCAGUUCCAACAAAGGCCAAACGAGCAAAAACCAAACCAAAUGUGCUUGAGAAAGAAUUGAGGAUUAAAAGACAAAGAAGGUCACAACGACCUAGUUCUAGAACAAAUCAGAAUCUAGUCAAUAACAGCAGCUCAGUAUCUCCAAUAAAGAAUGACAGUUCCCCAACCUCCCAGAAGUCUAAUGGUAAGUCAGGGACACGGCAGGCUGUCAACACCACAAACAAAUCUCUAAUCCAUCAAGCUAUCUGCAAAUCGUCACCAGACAAGUCAACCUCAAAACAACUGUCACCAUCCCUUCACCACAAAGGUCAGUCCACAACAGGUGAAAGGAAACAGACUGUCACUUAUUCAAACAAUGUAAGAUCGAAUAAAUCCUCCAAGAUUGAUGACACAAUUGUGAUUGAGUUGAAGAAAAAUCCAAAAAUUGGACGUCUUAUGAAGCGCGGGGAGGGUUUGCUGUCCCAGGACCUCGUGAAAAAACUAAUAGCUGCUCAUGCCUGAAGUUCAUGGUCUUUUUUCAUCCUUGAUCAUUAUCUUUAACUUUAAAUGUCCCAGCAAAUUAAAUCACAACAAAUGAAGAAUAGUGGUAUUGUCAGGUCAUCAUACUACCUUCACAUAUCACUUAGUUAUUUGUAAACUUUUACUUAAAAUCAUUUUAUGUUGAUUAUGUGACUAUAGUAGUAAUUUUCGUAAUUUAAGAAAAUAGGGAUAAUUGAGUUUUACUGCCUGUAUAAAAAAGAAAUAAAAUCAUGUUUAGUUUUUGUAUCAUGCAGGAACACACUUCGUGUGUUUAUAUGGAAAGAAAUGUGUCGUUUAAUUUUGUUAAGUUUUGUUCGUCGAGUACUUGACAGACGUGGAUCGUCAUUUAAUUUGUGACAACUGACCCCUGUGACAACUGACACCUAGAGUUGUCGGGUGCUUGUUCUACUUUCUGUUGAGUGUUAUAUAAUGUUUUGUUGGUUGAGUUCACCAAACAAACUUUGGGGACUUACUUGUUUUGUUUAAUAUUUUUAUUCUCCUUUCAUCUUUGUCUGUCAUGAACUUUUAGAACACUUUUCCCAAAACUCCUGCUGGUUUCUAAGGAAUCUUCACAUAUUCAUGGACUUGUGUGUAAAUGUGAAUUUUCUUCUGAUCCAACAUCCAAGAUAGUAGCCAUUGGUUGAGAUAUUUAGGGCUGUAAUUGAGUUGUUUUAGGCAGACAUUGAUCAUCCUGUCUUUUGUAAUUUUAUUUAAGUUUGGUAUCUAAAUCCCUAGUUAUAUAAUAUAUAUAGUGUAGGGGGUAAUCUUAGAUGUAAAUGAAUCAACUUUAAAUAUUCAAAGUACAUCAUGACUGCCAUCAUCAGAUCUUUGACAUUCAUAGCUAAAACCUUUCUGCUUUGUAUAUUACUUGAUGAUAGUGCAGGUGUCACAAAAUAACAUCUUUUGUAUUUCUGGGGAGUGGGGGUUGUAUGAUUGCUGGGGAG